AUUGUAACAUUGGCAUCGCUGAUGACGACGAUGGGUGAUGUGUCAAGUCUUCAAAACAGAAAUCCAGAAAAUUGCUCAUAGCUAAAUUUACGCGAUUGAUAAAAUAUGUUUUUGUUUUAAAACAUUGCGUUUGAGACGAUCCGAAGAUCAGCAGUUGGAGGCGGAAAAAUGGCCAACGCACGGGAAUUGUUUAGUCUACCGGCCGGGCCUGUCGAUCUAUGCUUCGACAAAAAUGAAUUCAUGAAGAAAACAUUUUCCGUGGAUGAAUUUCUGCACGAAAACCGCAAUGCCGGUAGUUUGGAGAUUAUACGGGACGAUUUGGGACUAUACCUAAAAGUGCUUCGAUCGGCCAUGAUAGAGCUAAUUAAUCAGGAUUAUGCAGAUUUUGUGGAUCUAUCCGCAAAUCUGAUUGGACUAGAUCAGCAAAUCGAUAGCAUCGUGAGUCCAAUCGAGAAACUAAAGGAAGAAGUCCUAUCGGUGAGGGCGGCUUUGGAAGGAGCAAUGAAAGAUAUUUCCGACUGCCUGGAGCAGAAGAAGACUUUGCGGGGAUUCAAAAAAAGUCUGCAGAGUCUGGCGAAGGUUCGGGCAGCGCUGCUGAAAUUAGAAAGUCUGUUGAAACCGGUUGACGAUAACGAACGGGAGAUUAGUCCGACAUUGCUGGAGCGUGCGGCUCUAGAAGCAAUCCAGCUGCAAUUUAAUGUGAAAUUUUGCGGAGAGUUUUUAAAUCAAGAACAGUUAGAUAGCGCCGACCAUUGGAAGAACAGUUUGCUGUCGCAAAUGCAAACUUAUUUUUUGAAAAUGCUAGAAGACAAGGACGUGGAAGGCUUGGAGCGAUGCCUUCGAAUCUAUUGCACAUUGGACGAGUGUCGAACAGCCGAAGAAGUUUUCAAAGCAGAGAUUGUCUCGCCUUACAUGAAUCGUGUUGUUUCUGAGAGUAAUCUACAAAACUCCCCCCAAGGCCUAACAGGAAUCUACAAUCAGAUUCUAGAUUUCGUUUCGCUCAAUAUGAAACUGCUGCUAGAUUUGACGAAGAAAAACGGGAAAGUCAAAGGUUACAAUUUUGUGGUGAACAGCUUUUGGACUGAAGUGGAACGCCGCAUGGAAACGAACAUGUCGUCGAUUUUUGCACCAGGAAAUCCAGAAUCCUUUUAUCAGAAGUAUCAAUGCACUUUAGAAUUCCUGGAACGGAUCGAGUUAAUAUUGGAAGAUCCUGAUGAAGUGGCAAACUUCAAAGCCCACCCUCAAUACAAGAGUUUUCAAGUUCGAUGGAAUUUACCAGUUUACUUUCAAAUUCGCUUUCAAGAAAUCGGUUCAAAUUUGGAAAAAGUCUGCACCCGAGAACUGGAUGCAACAAAAUUCUUCAACCAGCAGAUCAGUGCCAGCCAGUUCAAUUUGCUGCAGUUUUCGAUUGCUCUUACAUGCAUUUCAAACUGUUGGCAGGAAGGAAUUUAUCUACCGCAGUUGUUCCAUCGGUUUAUCAAGCUAACUCUACAAUUGCUGUCUAGAAUUACAAUUUGGAUCGACAUAGCCAUCAUGAUAGAGCCGACACUACCGUCAACAGAACAACAGCAAGAAUCAGUUUCACUGAGACUGAAACUUCUAGCCACACUUUAUUCGGAUGUUAGCAACUUAUCCCGAAAAAUCCCACAAAUAGUUAACCUAAUUCAUGAUCGAGCCCCCAACCAUCUUGCCUUGAGUUCCGCACAGUUGGACGAUCUAUUUUUCGAUAACAAGUCAGCCCUAGCGACAAAACAGAAUCGUCUCCAAACAAUAAUCGUUCAAGAGCUGGUACAAGCCAGCAUCCCCUUCGUCAAACAGGUUAGCGACAUUCCACGGUUGUAUAGGAAAACCAACCGAGAUGUACCAAGUCGUUGCUGUCAAUAUAUGGAACAACUCCUUCAACCGGGAAAGUCCUUUCGAGAGCGCUAUCAAUCGAUGGUAGGUGACGAACGACUGAAGGAACUCUUAGUAAAUGUUUACAGCAAUUUGACCACAAGUUACUUUCAAGCAGUAGAGGAAGCGCUAAUAUCAGUCCAGAAAACUGAAGAAUCUUUACGCCGACUUAAAAACCUUCGCGAUCGCAACUUCACCAAUCAAACCAACACCACCAGCAGCAGCAGCACUACAAGCACAAUGACCGAUGACGACAAAAUUCGGCUGCAAUUGCAAGUAGACGUGAUAUACUACGUGCAGGAAAUUGAGCGUAUCGGACUAGCUCGAGGAGAAAUCGAAAAACUACCGGAACUCGUUCAAAUGGUAGAGGAAGCUACCAAAAUUAGAGUAAGCUCUCAGCAGCAAUCAUUAGUGCAAUCGUGAAAAAAGUACCAGUUCUAACCGGGGAGUUCUUUUAACCGUUCAGCUUAAGUAUUGCCAAGAACAGAAGAGACUAUCCGCAUGGAUUUUCAUUUCGAUUCCAAGCUUAUGUUUGUAAAAUAGAGUUAGGAAAAUAACUAAAUAGUUCUGGCAUACGAAAACAGACAAAUAAAAUAAAACAAAAUGAAAUA